CUUGUUUAUUGCGCAUGCGCAUCUACAUUUUUCUCAUGGCGGCUUAUUUACACAUGUGAAAGUAGCAGCUAAGGUAGAUGUAAAGAAUGGAGACAGACAUUGCUGAUUUUUCUGAGCUUCGGCAGCAAGCAGAACAGCUGACAGCUGAUUUUGACAGUGCGUCAGACUUGCCACGAGUAAACAGAAAUAUCGCCCAGAUCUUGGAGGCAGGGUCUCGACUUCUGUCGAAAGUUGCUCCCAUUAGCCAGGAUUCAUCUGAUGUUAGAGCGUCUAUAUUACUAGGCACUAAGGGAUAUGAUGUGCCUAAAAUCUCACAGAAACUAGAGGGACUAAGUGCCUCCAAGACAUUUGAGCCACUGGAACCAGUGAAAGACACAGACAUUCAAAGUUUCCUCAAGAAUGAAAGGGAGAAUGCUUUACUGGCAGUUAUAGAGCAAACAAGAAAACAUACAUUUGAGGAGUCCGAGAGGAGGCACUGGGAGUGCAUGGAAAAUGAGUGGGAGAGAGAGAAACAGAAAAUCCUCAAUACACUGCGAGGUCUGAAUCAGGACACAACUGACUUCCAACCAGAGGCAGAGAGUUUUGCGGUGGAUCCUGUCAGCAUGCAUGGUAGAAGCAACCUCAACAACAUAGAGAUGGCAUACUCCAGACAGGUGUACAUGUAUAAUGAGCAGGUCCUACAGGGCAGUAUUCGGCCAAACUUGGUGGAUGCAUUCUCGGACAUUGCAGUCAGUCUUGAUGAUAAGCCGAUGAUUGACCUGUGGGAACAGGUGAGAUACAUGGUAGAAGUCCCACUGAUCUCCUCCAACAGUAUCAAGGAGACGCGGACUGACUACCGCACACAGGCAGCAUUCGUACAGAAAGGGAGGGAGUACCUAGAACAGAUGUACUGCAAACACAUUCAGAGUAUGAUCUACAGUAACCUACAGCAGGCCCAGCUGGGGGGAAUCCCGUCCACUUACAACAUGGUCAAAAGUUACCUCAAUGUCCGACCUCCUCACAUCAAGGGGCUGGAGGAUGGCCUGGUAGAUGGACAUCCUGUGUGGGCCAUGAUCUAUCUGUGUCUGAGGUGUGGGGACCUACAGGCAGCCCUUCAAGUCACAGACAAAGCAUCUCACAGUCUUGGAGAUUUUCCCACAUAUCUCAGAGAAUAUGUCACAGAUGAUGAUCACAGGUUGUCUGCAGCUAAUGAAACCAAAAUUAAUCUUCACUAUCGCAGAAUAAUCAAGAAUGGCAAUGAUCCAUACAAAAGAGCUGUGUUCUGUGUGAUCGGUAGAUGUGACUCUUCAGAGGACCAUUCAGAGAUUGCAGAUAAAAUUGAUGACUACUUGUGGAUUAAGUUAUCUCAGAUUCAGGUCGAUUCAGACCCUUCCAGACAGCAUGGAUUUACCUUACAGAGGCUGCAGAGCCUACUCUAUGAAGAUUUUGGGGAAAGCCACUUCAGUGGCUAUCAGAAUCCCUUCCUGUACUUCCAAGUUCUCAUUCUCACAGCUCAGUUUGAGGCAGCCAUUGAGUUCAUGUCCAGAAUUGACAGACUUUUGUGUCACGCUGUUCAUGUGGCUCUGGUGUUAUAUGAACUUAAGAUGUUGCUUCUUCCUCAAUCUACACAAGCUCAGCUUUUAACGAAAGACUCGUCUGACGAGGGGCCAUUGAGGAGAUUAAACUUUUUCCGCCUGAUCACCACAUAUACUCGUAAAUUUGAAGCAACAGACCCCCGGGAAGCCCUGCAAUAUUUUUAUUUCCUUAAUGAUCUAAGAACAUCACAGGGAGAGAAUCUUUUCAUGUCUUGUGUCAGUGAGUUGGUGCUAGAGACUAAAGAGUUUGAGAUGCUAUUGGGUAAAGUGGAGCCUGAUGGAACAAGGAGGUUGGGUGCAAUUGACAAGUUUCAGCAUGACACCCAGAGAAUCAUAGAACUGGUUGCUAGGGAUACAGAGAACAAGGGCAUGUUUGAGGAAGCAGUCAUGUUGUAUGACCUUGGCAGCAAACACGACAAAGUGUUAGAAUUACUGAACAGACUGAUCAGUCAGGUGGUAUCUCACCCGAACACUCCCCAGUCUGCGAGGGACAGACUACGGGCCAUGGCUAUCAGUAUAGCCAAACGGUACAGAGAGAGAAAUAAUGAAGGGUCAAGGUCAAACACCAGCACAUUUUACCUUUUGCUUGACCUUUUAACCUUUUUUGAUUGUUAUCAUGUUGGGAAUGUUGAUGAGGCCUUUGAGGUUAUGAAACAGCUGAAGUUACUUCCCUUGACAGCCGAUGCUGUGGAAAAUAAAGUUAAUGCUUUCAGGCAUUACACAGAUGAGGUCAGACGAUGUUUACCUGAUAUUUUGAUUGCCACUAUGAACAUAUUACAUAAUCAGUACAAAAAUGCAAAAAACUCUGCCCCAAGAGGAGGUUACUCAGGGCAAGGGAAGACUGAAGAUGGGGGAAAAGAAACGUUCCUGAAUUAUCUGCGGAGUCAAGCGAGGGCCUUAAUUAUGUUUGCGGGUAUGCUGCCCUACAGAUUGCCAGGCGAUACUAAUGCUCGUCUGGUUCAGAUCGAAGUGUUGAUGAAUUAAUUUUAGACACUGGUGCUAGUUAUGUGUUGGAGCACUUGUAUUCAUACAUGUAAAAAUUCAGGAUUUUAAGUAAAAAAGACUUUGGAAAA